CCGGUCUCGGCUAACCUAAAAAUGAAAAUGGCGACUGCUAAAAUUGUGUAAAAGUUGAUCUUAGCCAAAUAAUCAAUAUUUCGAGUCUAGAUAUGGUUUUAAUAGGACCUAUCCUAUUUAUAUUAUAAUUUUCGUUUAAGUUUAUUCCAAUGGAUUUUGUUGAUUUGGAUAAAGUUUUAGAUGAGUUUGAAGAAGAAGAGAAAGCGGCCAGUGAUAUAAAUCCAGGACAGGAGAUAAAACCCACAGGUUACGCAGAGUUUGUAGAAUCACACCUUGAUAAGCCAUGGGAGAAUUUAUCAAAAGCUCCAGUUGGAAAUACAACAAUAAUUACAUCAAUUGUGGAUCAAAAUAAUGGAUUUAUUAAUUACGAUGAUCCGUACCAUGGUGAGAAACUCAACAAAGUGGACUAUAUUACAUCUAACGAAGUUCCUCCCAUGAAACAACUUGAAAAGUUGGGUAUUGAUAACAAGGAUUUCAGUUUUAACAAUACAGAACAAAAAAUUGCAGAUGUGAUUGUGUCCAACUACCAGGUUUCUAAUUCUCAUGGCUACGUUAUUAGUGAUCAUUUAAAUUAUAGCAAAGAUGUUGAUUUACAGCCGAUGAAAGAUGAGGAUAAAUCAGGACCCAAUUCUUUAAAGUUACAAAUUAACGGAAGUGUUAAAAGUGAAACAGGCAGUCGUCUUCAGGCAUCCCAAGUUACAGCCGUUCAAACGGAUGCCCUGUCACCGAAUAGCGAACAAGAACUUUCUUCAUACGAAUAUCCGAAAUCAGAUAUUAUUGUCGAGGGUCAUGAAACUAGUAACUCUUCGUCAGAUAAUUUGACUGAACCAGUUAAUGGUUAUUCAAUUGUGAAAGACAGUUUAAAAUUAAACCCUGAACAGAAUUCUAAAGGAGCAUUAAUGCAAGAAGCUGAUAAUAAAUCUUCUGGAAUUACGAAUGGAUAUUUAGAAGGGGAAAAGUCCGCAAACCAAAUAGAACAAACUGUAAAAAGUGUAUCAGAGUCAGAAAAUCUUAUUGUUGAUAAGGCUGAACAAAAAUCCCAAACUGCUGUUGGCUUUGUCGAUGAAGAUGCUGACAUGUCUCUUGGAGAUAUUGAUGAUUAUCUCAACAUGUCCGGUCAAGUGUCAAGCAUGCCAACGCAAACAUUAGAUUCAGCAACUUCCCAAAGUUUGAGUUCUGAGCUUCAGCAGGCGUCAAAGAGUAUAGGCUCAGAGUUAGAACAGAUAGAAAACCAUGAGAAUAAUGUGCAAUUAGAUCAAAGUCCGCGACGAGAUUUUGGAGAUGGACCAGACCUUGUAGCUGAUGUGCCGAAUGAGGAGAUUUACUCAAGUAUGGAAGGCGCUGUUGGUCAUUCUCCAGAAGCGGCUAGUCUCGAACAUCCAAAUUUCAUCAGAAAAACAGAAAGCAAUUUCUUAGACCCAAAUUUGAACCGAAAAGGCAUUGUGUCAGAUAUAAACAUUUCCUUAAGUCAAGAUGGAGAUUGCUUGGAAAUAGAGCAGAUUAUAAAUGAUCCACAGCCUUAUGAGGAAAGUCAUUCAUUUGAGGAGACACUAAGUUAUCCUUCAAAUGCAUCCAUCACUUCAGCAAACAUAACAAAUAUGGAGAAUAGCUCAUCACUUGAUUCAAAUUUCAGUGGACAGUUUUCUCCUCCAGUCGUAAUGAGAACACCAGAGCAGCAGGUUAUUGGACAAGGUGCACGACCAAAAGAUCCAUCACACUUGAAGAAAAGUCGACCGAAUAGUCUGCUUGGACUUUCUAAAGUUAAUCUGGAGGCACCGUUUCCAGGUACACAUGUAAUAGAAGAUGGUGCCAUGGAUCCCAUAAACCAAAACCAAUGGCAAACAGAAAUAAAUGGAGAAAGAACACAGAUGAUACCAGCUUCAGAGCAGUUUCAGAAGAUGAAUGAACCAGCCCUGAAUAUGCAAAACUCAGAUUUGACUCAAAACAGAAACUUGAUGGAAGAUCAGUUGAACCACAACUUGCAAGAUACAGGAGUUUGUCCACCAGUAACAGAUAGUUUAACAAAUGAUCAAGUGGUUAAUGGUGAUAAUGUCGGCGAAUUGCCAGUUUUACGCAGAAAUUUUGAGGCAUCUGCCCAAGGAGGAUUAUUGGGGUCAGGAGGACAAACAAAUCUCCGUCCUCAUUCCUGGUCCCCAGCAGGGUCUGCCAGUCCUCAGAUGAACAAAUCCAAACGACCAUCAAGUUUAAAUAUACCUCCUCGUGGGGAAUUUAAUCCAGAUGAACCGGGACAGAGAACUAGAGGAAUGUUGACACCAUAUUCAACCGAGAUCCAGGAAGAAUCAGAUUCUGCAGUUGCAGAAGAACCGUCAGAAGGUAAUGAGGAUCUGGAUGCUGUAGGAGCUGCUGCAGCUGAAAGUGUUGAUGAUCCAUCAUUGCUUCCACCCGAUGCUCCCCCACCAUCCAUUAUCCAUACAAAUCUGGGUAAAGUAGCGCCGUCAUGGUUACCAGAUGGCCAGGCUAUAAAUUGUAUGCAGUGUCACGCCAAAUUCACAUUCACCAAACGAAGACAUCAUUGUAGGGCAUGUGGAAAGAUAUUUUGUUCACUGUGCUGUAGUAUGAAGAGUCGUCUUGGUUACAUGGAUCAGAAAGAGGCUAGAGUUUGUUUAUCAUGUCAUCAGAUUUUACAAGCAGCAGAGAAUAGUGCGGCCCGGGUACCACACCCUAACAACCCCAGCGACUACUGCACAACCAUCCCACCAUCGCAACAAGUUCAUUCACGUACCUCUGUACCGACGGUCCUUGUUCCCUCCGGAGUUCUCAGGCGAGAUGGUUCACAAAGAAGAAGUGGCGAACCGAAACAAGUGAUGUUCUCUGAUGGAAUUCGUCCUGGUGGAGAUUUAACUGAACUCGAUGGUUCCAGUGACACUUCCCUUCCUUUCCGACGCACCGGUAGAAUACAGAAAAAGGUGGAAAAAACACAAACUGGUGAAUCUUCACCUAAAACAAGAAGAUUAAAAACAAAAGAAAAUAAUCAUCGAAAUUUACUGCCGGAAGUUGGAUUACCUCCCCUGUUUUUAGCUGGUGAAACCCCAUCAGAAAAUCAAUUAGUUGAGAAUCCAGAUCCUCCAUCAUAUUUGUCAAAAAUCAAAGAUGAAGAAGCUGAACCUGUGAUAUUUGCUGUGAAUAAAAAUCUCCUGGUCUGUGUUAAAAUAUUAAAUUUGGAGUGUUGUCUGAAGAGGAAUGCAUGGUGUUUUACAACAAAAGGAAUGUGUACAGUUGGACAGAGUGAGAUAAUUAUUUUGUUAGAAGUUGAGGACGAGGAAACAGAGCCACCUAGGGACAUAUUUCAACAUUUUAUUAAUAUUUACGAAGACGCUAAUAAAGGCAAUGUGAUAACAGAUUUGGGUCACACAAUUUUUCAUCAAAGUUUUUUGGGCAGUCGAGAACAUGGUGGAUUUCUCUACAUCUCCCCCACAUUCCAGUGUUUACAGAAAUUGAUUUUACCGGAACCACCAUAUUUAUUUGGAAUAUUAUUACAGAAGUGGGAAACUCCAUGGGCGAAAGUAUUUCCAUUAAGGUUGUUAUUACGUCUUGGUGCUGAAUAUCGAUAUUAUCCAUGUCCGUUAGUGAGUAUUCGAAAUCGUAAACCAGUGUUUUUUGAGAUUGGUCAUACCAUCAUGAAUUUAUUAGCUGAUUUCCGUAACUAUCAGUAUAUGUUACCACAGAAUAAAGGUGUUUAUAUACAUAUGGAGGACAAGAAAACCAUCAUCAACUUUCCUAGAAACAGAUAUGAUGAUUUGAUGAAAGUUGUGAAUAACAGUAAUGAACAUGUGAUGGCUUUAGGUGCAAGUUUUUCUACAGAAGCUGAUUCACAUUUAGUUUGUAUUCAGAGUGACGAGGGCAAUUAUCAAACACAGGCUAUUAAUAUUCAAAAUAAACAACGAAAAGUGACUGGUGCGAGUUUUGUGGUGUUCAAUGGUGCAUUAAAAUCUAGUUCUGGUCUAACGGCUAAAUCUAGUAUUGUGGAGGAUGGCCUGAUGGUGCAGAUUACUCUUGAAUCAAUGAAUUCAUUAAAACAAGCAAUAAAAGAUAUGAUCGAUUAUACAAUAGGAUGUGGUAGUAUCACAGCCCCGCAACCAGAAGAAAUGGUCUGCAUUCAGUGGGUUGAAGAGGACCGAUUGGUUAAUAUUGGUGUAAAGAGCCCUAUUGAUGGUAUGGCCAUGGAUAAUAUAGAAAGUAUUAGAAUACAUAAAGGCACAGAUUAUGUCGGAGAGAAUAGAUCCAUCAGAUGGACAGAGGUGUUUUUUAUUCAGAAUGAAGAUGCAAGUUCUCGUUGGGAACCUGUUGAUUUAAGCCGUCUUGGGGAAAUGUUGGCGUCUGCUUUCUGUAUCGCUAUGACACCUCAUCUAGAUCGUUUAAAAGAAGCUUCAUUAUCGAAACUUGGUCUGCGAGUGACACUGGAUUCUGAAAGGGUUGGAUAUGAAAUUGGUGGAAAUAACGAAAAGAUACCAGAUUUUUAUAUGAAUGAUUUAGACAAUGCAUUGAUACCUGUUAUUCAUAGUGCAGCCUCACAGAAUCAAGAAGGACCAAUCAUAAUGGAGCUUAUAUUUUAUGUCCUAGAAUGAAACUGAUUGAUUGGAUACCAGGUCUCUUGACCAUCCAAUGAACAAUACCAGGUUUCUUAACCAUCCAAUGAAACAAAACCAGGUUUCUUAACCAGACAGUGAGGUGUUGUAUCGGAACAAGAAUGCAUUCAGAUGUAUAUUCAUGUUAAAGAUCAAUUUCAUCAACUCCAUCAAUGGACCAAUAGAAAUACUUGUUGCUGACAUGAUGUUUUAGUUAAAUUUGAGAUCCGCUGAGAUUACUACAGGAAAAAAUAUUAACUUAUAAAAAUAUUAAGCUUAUAAAAAUUUAUUGUUCUAAACUAUUUCAGAUAUUAUUAUUAAAAUUAUUGACUUAUACUAAAUUUCAUUUAAUUUUAUAAAAAGGGUUUAAAGCCAUAGCUUAUUGGUGGUUAUAAAUAAUACGUUAUUACGUCACAAAAUGUCUCGGUUUUGGCAUUGUAAAUGAUGACAAGACCUAACUUGACCAUUUAACAGACAAAUACUCCAUUUUGAGCACCCUUGAUAAUUAGAUUACAUAACUGCUAAAAUGGUAGGGUGCUGACCUAACACAAAAUGGAGGAUGAGAUGGCAAACUAAUGUAUUAUCAUACUUUUCAUGAAAUGUGAAAGAGAUAUUGUUAUACUGAUGACUGGAAACCCUAAACUUAUAAAUGAUGAUUUGCAGAAGUUGUUUGCCUUGGGCAUGAAACAUGGACAGUUCUAAAUGGUUGAUUUUAUUCAUCAUUCAAAAAUAUAUAUUAUACCCCUUUAUUACUAUUAUAUAUAAUGUGUAUAUUAAUAUAACCACAAUGUUUUAAUUUGAAAUAUACUAGAGGGCAUCACUAUAACAUGACCUGCUAUAAAAUGGGGAUAUGCUGGUAUAUAUAUGGCUUCCAACAGCCCUUGUGUAUCACAUACAUGUACAGUAAUUAUAUUGGUCUAGAAAUCAAUCUGAUUAAAACACAGAUUGUUUUUUUAUAGUUCAAAAUUUCAUUAUUUGUCCGUACUACACUAGGAUCUGGAAGAGUUGUUAUAUAACAGGCGUUCUGGAUGGCGUGAGGUAUUAGCCAAUGAAACCAUCUGUUACAGCGACUUCUUGGCAUGCCAUGCAUGGAACUGUGGGUAAACUACUAGAAACGUCAACGCUGAUUAAUUAAUCAUAGGGUCAAAAGCCGCUCGUACUACCCCCGACGGGACCUUCCAGUAUAACUUGUCACAUCUUCAUGUAGUGAAGGCAAUCGAAAGUAUAAAAAAAUGAAACGAAAUAUAGUUCUGUAUUUUAAUCAGCUUGUCUAGAAAUAACACUGGUGAAGUUAGUGCACCCGAGUAUCAUGUGUUAAAGUGUAACCCUAAUACAUACAUAAACUUAACAUGUACAGUUAUUUAUAUAUAUAAAUUUAUUACAUAUUAUUAACAUGAACAAUGGAAUUUUACAAAAAUGUACAGUGUUAUGUGAAAAAAUAGUCAAAUUUCAUACAAAUGAUUGCCAAUAGAUUUGACAGAAUGUUACCCAGGCCAGGGUAAGUCCAAUGAUGCGAAUAUUUUUAAGAUGAAGUUUCCCACCUUAAAGGUUGUUUAAUAAUUAACAAUACUGUGGAACCCCACUAUAGGUUUGAUAAGUGUCAGUAUGAUUCCCAUCAUCAUUAUGCAGCAGUGUAUAUUAUUCCAUAACAAUAUACCUUCUGUUCUUUCUCACAUACCUGCCCCUGUGACCCCCACUUUUCUUAUUUGGGGAAGGGGGGGGGGCGGCGAUGGGGGGAGAGAAGAAAAUAAUAUCCAUUGUCAUAGUUGAAGGAUGAAGAAACUUUUUUUUUCAAAAUAUUUUUUCCUCAAUAUUUAUUGCCACAAAUGGAAUAAUAUAUACCUCUGCGUUUUAGUGAAACCCGUCUCUAAAAAGAGUCUCACUAAAACACACAUUUAGUCAUUGGACACCCAACAUCAUUAUUUUAGUGAUGGUUUGGUAUUAAAUGUAUCAUAUAAAAUAAUAUACCUCUAAAUCACUGUAGUAUAUGUGUAUAUAUACAUAACUCACGGGAGACUAUAUUGUACAUUAUUCAAAUAAUUAUAUGUAUAUUAGUGUAACGAUUGACGUUACUUGCCGAUUGAAAGAAAGUCUGGUGAUGUAUAUUGUUUUUGAUAUUGUUAUUUCUAAUGUUUUAAUGUUUCUUUUGAUAAGAGAGUUUAGUCUAAGAGAAGAAGAUAAAUUACUUCCAGUUUUAGGAUAGCAUUGAUAACUUUCUUGUGAAAUUACUAUUUAUAUCAUUUAGUGAAAGGGAUUGUGAUUUGUUUGUGUAUGAAGUUGAUAUUUUAAGUUUUAAGUAGCAUAUUUAAUAUUUUCCGAACAUCAAAUUAGUAAAACACUUAUGUUCACUAUUACCGUGCAUACAUAGUAAACAGUUUAUUACUUAAAAUAUUAUGAAGAAAUAUUCUGCAAUUGGGACACAACAAGAAUAAUUCAUAAUUUCAAGUGCAGCUGUAUACAUAUUCGUUGACAUAGUAGUGGUUGGAUAGUUGGAAGAUAUUUAUUUUAUUUUAAAUGGAUGGAUUAGACAUUGGUUUGUUUUAUUGUUUGUUUAUGAAAAGAUCUGUUAGUAAUAUACUGGUUUGAUGUGUUAUUUUCUAGUCAUUGAGGAAAAGUAAAAAUACUAUAUACUAUACAAUUAACCACAAAGAUUUGAGUUAUUAUGAAAAAAAUAUUAGGGCACCAUCUGUAUUUUAAUAGAUGUUUUUUAAAAAUUCCUUGGAUAUGUGCAUUAUUUUAGCCAAUAUUUAUUCAAAUAUAGACAUCGUAUAUAAAUAGAAAUGAAAUGAAAUAGGGUUAAAUCUCCUACUGUUCUGCUCCGACUAGGCUAAUGAAGACAGAACAUCAAUAUAGACCAUCUGUGGGAGAGAAUAAAAUAUUCAUUGUAUUUCCUAUAAUUGUCUAUAUAAUAAUAUAGAAUUAAAAUCAAAAAGGAUUAACAUUUCUAUACAUAUAUAUUCCUGUAUAUUAAGCCAAUAUAAAUUGAUAUAUCAAUAUAAAUACAAGAAUGUGGAUUCUUAACAUGCUCAUAAAAAAAAUCAUCAACAAUGGCAUCCUGAACAUAUACCAUUUGGAUUUGUAAAUGCUCCUAGCACACACCAACGUUUCAUAUUUUCAAUUGUACCUCUAUAAAAAUGUGACCUUAGUUGAUUUGGGGUUUUAUUUGGAGAAAUAAGUAAAAUAGAUAUCUCUGCUCAUAAUAAAAACAUAGACAUGGAAUUUUACAUGUUCCAUGCAAAGUUUAGAAGUUCGUUAUAUUAUUUCAACUGUAUCUGUGUAAAAAGAAAAUGUGAAAACACUAUUCUUUUACAUAUAUGGUUGAAUAUUGAGGUAGUUUUAUUACCUUAUAACUGAUAAAAAAAAAAAUAUUCUAUUGUUAUUGUUAGAUUUUUAUAUAAAUAUUAUUAUUAUAAGUGUGUGUGAAUGAUUUCUGUAUACCCCCGAUUCAUAUACCAUUGUAUAAAUAUAUCAUUAUUUGUUGAUUUUGUAAAUAUAGCCCAGGACCUUGGAAACUUAAAAAUAUUUUCAAGACUCAUUGUUCAUUAACUCACAUCAGACUGAAUUGGAAAUAAAAUAUUUAUUAUAUUCAAA